UUGUAUUCAUUCGUCUUUACCAUUAAGAUAAUCAUAUUCAAUCCAACAUGUUACUUAAAAAUGCUCUUUUCUCCCAAGCUGGCUUUGGAAUCACAGCCAACACCAUCCUCCUGCUCUUCCAUGUCCUCCCAUCCCUCCAGGAUUGCAGACUGAAGCCUAGUAGCCUGACCGUCUGUCACCUGGCACUUGUCCACAUAGCCAUGUUUCUCACCACGGUGUUCUUGGUGUCUCCGGACCUGUUUGAGUCAAUGCACUUUCAGAAUGACUUUAAGUGCAAGGCUCUGUAUUACUUGAGUAGGGUGAUGCAGGGCCUCUCCAUCUGCACCACCUGUGUCCUGAGCACUCUUCAAGCUAUCACCCUGAGCCCCAGCACCUCCUGGAUGGCCCAGUUUAAACACAAAUCUGUACAUUUCAUUACUCGCGUCUAUGUGUUCAUGUGGACCCUCAGCUUAUCUUCCUGUGCUUCCCUGGCCUUUUAUGUUGUGGCUUUUUCCAAUCUGAACCAGACCCGCUUUCUGAAGCUGAAUAAAUACUGCUCAAUCUCCCGCAUGAACUCCAUCGUUAGAUACCUGUUUUAUGCUUUGACAACCUCCAGGGAUGUUUGCUUUGUAGGAGUGAUGCUGAUCUCAAGCAUGUACCUGCUGAAUCUCCUGUUCAAGCACCAGAGGAGGGUCCAGUAUCUCCACAGCACCAGCCACUCCUCAACACCCUGCCCAGAAAAAAGGGCCAUGCAGACCAUUCUGCUGCUUGUGGGGUUCUUUGUGGUCAUGUUCUGGAUGGACUUUAUAAUUUCAUCCUUCCCAACCCGUUUAUCAGAUGAUGGACCAGUGAUCCAGACCAUCCGGAGACUUGUGAGCAAAAUCUAUGCCACGGUCAGCCCUCUGGUGCUGCUCAGUUCUGACAGAAGGGUCAUCGGUGUUCUGCGAAGUGUGAAGCAGGCAUUCAAUAGCCUUUUACACUAGAUGCACCUGCCGGCAGUUAUAGUACUGGAACAGUCAAGAAUCUGCCAUACCGUGAGUUGGAAUGUGGUAAUAGCAUUUGAUCACAGCUUAUCAUAGGUGGUCUCUUUUUUUCCAGCAUUUACAUGAGUUGAUGUUUCCAUCAAUGGGCUCUUUUUCACGCUAAUUCUCAGAUCUCCAUCCAGGAAACAUUUUUAGCUUAUGUAAGUGUCAUUUUGGGAAGAUCCUGUUUGUGUUCCAUCAUUCAGAGUUUUUUCUGGAGAAUGUUUAUGA